UCUAAUAAUGUAAUUAUUUAAACAAUAAUAUUCUGUAAUAUUUCUACAGUACAAAAAUAAUUAAAAAUAUAAUAACAAAUGUGUAUUAUAUAACAAAAAUCUACAAUGCCCCUCCCAAAAAUGAUCGGCUGAAUCCACCCCGGUUUGCAUGUAUAUAAACAUACAUACACACACACAAAAUACAUUUCUCUUUAUAUAUGUGGUGGAGUGCAGAGAUGCUAUAAGAGCAUUAAUCAUUUAAAUAGAGCUGUUGCAAAGGUUAAGAAGGAGUAACGGAAGAGAUAAGAAAGUUGCAAGAUAAUUAUCUUUGUCAUGAUUGGUGCUAAUAUUUAUAAAAGUGUGUUAUCCUCAAUUCAUUCAUGUUUAUAACAUAGGAAAAAAAAUAUUACACAAAUACAUCACAUUAAUGUUUUCAGUACUAAAGCCUGUUUCACUUUCUCAGCCCCAUGUAUUAUAAUAUACAUCUCACUGCAAAAUUCUUCAAGUCAAGUUUAUGUGUUCAUACUUCAUUUUUUCAGUUCUUAAGAUAUUAAAAGUAAUCCAACACACAUUCCUUUUUACUUAACAAAUAAAUCUAACUGUAAUACGCAUACGCCUGGAAAUAUGCAAUAUCCAAUCAAUGGAAUAAGUAUAAAACUACAAAUAAAAUGCGUUAGCAUCUGGGAAAUAAAUUUUCACAAUGUAUUACUAGAAAAUCAAUACAUAAAAUAACUUAACAUCAUUCUAUUAUUAUUGAAUGUCUAAGACAAUGUAGGAAAAAUGAUGGAAGCCAUAUACAGAAAUUUUCAAAAUUCAAGUAUUUUCCUUAACACACAAGUCACUGAAAAUUUGUUUCAUAGUAUUACAAUACAUUGGAAAAAUUUACCAGUUUGAAAUAAAAUUAAUUUUAAUUCCAACUCAUGUGUAUUUUGGUUGUUUUUAUUAGUUUUUUUAGUUGUUUAUUUUAUAGUAAUAUAAAUGCAAUAGGAUUGGGAGAAUAUUAUUUUUUCCCCCUAAAUGUUUUGGGUACAAUUUUCUGUAAGAGUGUGAACCAUAACAAUUAUCAUUUUCUUGAGGAUAAAAUCAUAACAAAUUGCCAGCCACUAGAAUUAAUAAACAAAAGAAAUUUUAAAAAGGAUAUUAUCAGUUUUAGCCUUAGUAAUUUUAAAAUACAGUGCACUAUUAUUUUAAAAUUUUGCCAAUCCUUUGUAUGAAUAAUGAUCUUUGAAAUUAAAUGUAUCUAACCCCUUCAGUCAUUUUGUAGAUUUACGUUUUACUCAAUUAAAAUGAUUAAACUUUUCUUUUAGCAGGCCACUCCUCUCAAAGGCAUAUGCACUUUUUUUUAUUUUUUAAGUGACACUGAUUUUGAAAUUUUCAAAAUCCUAAUACAUUUGUAUCCCAAAACACCUAAUGGCCUUGUUUCAUUCGCAUAGUUCCAAGUCAACAAAAAGGGCCUUGCUUUUGACCUCAGUGAUUUACAUUAUACAACAUUGUGUCUGGCUAUUGCAAAUGAACGCAUUUUGUGCCAAAAAUCACAUAUGUAUGUUUUUCCGCUUCUUUGCCUUUCCUUCAGUACUGGCAAACAGUGGCCAAGCUUAACCAUAGUUCAACUAUAGAAGCUUGGAGCAAAGGCAAUUGGGAGCCUCAAUUCCCGUCCUGGAGAUUCUAUAUAAGUAUCUCUAUUUAAGAGGGUCCUGUUUGAGGGGAAAUUAUUGUCUGUAAAUAAUUUGAGAAUGCAUUCAUCCACUUACAAUAAAGUACGAAGAAAUUAAUAAUUAUUAAUUUAAAGUCGGCACCAUUGGCAAAAUAAGUGGAGAAAUUGAAUUAAACAUGACUUUUUAAGCACCUAAUUUACUUGGCUCAUGUAUAUUUUUAGGUCAUUUUUUUCUCGAAAGAGUUCAUUAUAAUGGCAAAUUAAGGUCAAUAUUAUAAUUCCUCCAACUUUAAAUCAACACUAAAAUUCUUCAGGCUCUACGAUUUAGCUGCACUCGCAUCUUUAAUACAGUUCUUCAGAGACCAAUGUAGUGUUAUAGAAAUUAUUUUGAACAGCAUAUGCAGGUUAAUUAAUUAGUUGUCGAAAAAUUCAUUCUCACUUUUGAUAUUUUCAUCAUCUUUAAGAACAUAUAGAUACAAAGAUAUGCAAGUCAUCUGUUACCUCCUUCCAAACAAGUUAACAGUUUUAUUGUUAUCAGGCUUCAUUCAUUAGCAUCAGAUGUAAUUGUUAUUUUCUGACUAUUUUUUUGACAUAUUUAUUAUGAUCUUUUUACAGUUGAAAAUUAGAUGACCUGAAAGUUGAAGCACAGUACACUCAAAUCCAGAUUCAAACCAGUAGGUUAACAGUAAACCAUUAUUUUAUGGUGGAGAAACGUGAGAUGCAUAAAGCCAAAAAAAUAAUGAUCAUCAGAUAAAUUAGCUGUAUUUUUUAACUUUGAACAAUUACGUACAGAUUUUAAAACACACAAAAUUUAUUUAACUAAUAAAUACUGGUUUUGGUGUUGAGUAGAUUAACAAUAUUACAAAAUUGAUAUAAAAUGUAUUUUAAUGACCAAGCUUACAUCAAUAUGCUAUUCAAAAUUAAUUCAUAUUUUGAAGAAAAUUGAAACAUUUAGAACAAUUCAGAGCACUAAAUACAAUUUAAAAACAAUGGUAUAUUAAAUAAACACCAGACAAUUGUGUACUGUACAAUCUCUGGCCUUUGCUCACUUCAUAUUUUUUUAAAACCAACCUGUGUGUAGCUAAGUUCAAAGAAGCAAUAAUUUAAGCUAAUGUGUAGAUGUAAAGUUACUGUGUUAAGGAACAUUUUUAAUUUUCACAAAUAUGGAAAUGAAGUGGUUAUUUAACCACUUUGGAUUCAGAUCACUUUUCCCCCUUCAUCUAUCUCCAUUCUAUUAAUUGAAAUGUUUCUAUGAAACUAAUUAUGAGGGCAACACUUCUCCAGUAAUUUACAGCAGUACCUACGUGACUUACAUUCUACAACAGAUGUGACUGCACUAUUUAAUAGAUAUUUUAUAAAAUAUUUUUUAUGUAUCAAAAUAAAUAUCUAGUCCACUUACAAAUGAAUUUAAUAAAUAAAUAAAUGAAGUUUAUGAAAUUGCUGGUAUGAGCCAAUGUUCCCUCAUCUGUUUGUGUAAGCCACAUUCUGAGGAAAAAAAGGUCAUAUUUCAGUCCUUCUUUUGGGAUAAGACAUAGCCAUAAGCCACAAAAAUUUUCCCAUUUUAGUGCUGAAAUGGGAAAAUUGAAAAAGUCUACUUAGCAACUGAUUAAUAUGAUAAACUAGUAUUAACAAAUAAAUUAUUACUGGUUUAUUUUCAAAAGACAUUUAGGAAAUGUCCCAGAAUUAAUGCAUCACAUUUAAGAAAAAGUGUAACCCUUUAGUAGAGAAAGAGAGAGAUAAUAGUAUAAAAAUAAAUCAGUGGUCAAGGGUACCUGCAGUCAUGAAAAUAUAAGUAAAAAACAUUAAGCCUAUAAAGAGGAAUGUUUCAAAUACUUACAAAUAUAGUAGAUAAAUAUAAUAACAAAUAAAAAUUACAAGAAUAUUAUUCAUUGAAGAGGCUCAUUUAAAUAUAUUGACUAGUGAUUAAUACAAUGGUAUCCAGUCAUGGACACCAUUGUUUCUCAUAUUCUGUACUUUACCUACGACACUAUUUUCCUACCAAGUUUUCAGCACAUAAUAUUUCAUAAAAUACAGUCGAAUCAUUACUACACUCAAGUACAGGUUUUCUACUCUUCUUUUAACAGUUUUAAUUUUUUUACAUAUUAGCUUGAUAAUUGAUAGGAAACUUAAAAUUGGAAAAAUAAAAAAAGUUAAAUAGAUAUUGUUUUCUUCUCCAGCCUAUUGAAGUAUUGCUAAAAUAAGUCCAAAAUAUUUACAAAAUUGUUACAAUUGUGUACAGAUUUAUUUUGGGAUUUUUCCCUUCACAAGUAAUGAUGAAAGUUGAAUAAAGUGGAGUUCAACUCUCAAGUUUUCUUCCUUUGUCCAUUGUUUUCUAUCUGAAUUAUUAUAAUAUUUAAGAUUUUUGAAUUGUACAAAAAAAUUCUUCCUUAUUAGAUUGAUACCUCUCUCCAAAGACAAAAUCUACCUGAAAGUUUUCACAAAAGUCCUUUCUCUUCUUUAAAUAAAAUAAUAUUACAAUUAAGAAUAAGAUGAAACCAACCUUCGUUCUUUGGAAUUCUUUCAUACCACUUUUUUAUUUUGUCAGUACUGGAGAAGUGCAACAAAAACAAAAUACUUCGUAAAACAUGAUAAAUUACCAUUAAAAAGAGAAAGCAAAAGAUUUCAAAUAGAACUUAGUCUGCACUCUCUGGUGAUAAGCAGUUAACAAAGACUGCAAUACAUUAAUAAACUAUUUUUUGUCUAAAGUAUAUACAAUUUAACUGCUAAAGUAAAAAUAUUCAGUACAGUAUCAAAAUGUUAAUUUUGGAAAGAAUCCUCAACAAAAAUUGCCCUUUGUGUCUUUAUUAGUAUCCACAAGAAGAAUUCAAAAGAAAUAAAAUCAAAAUUUGAUCAACAAUUAUCGUAAAACCUUUUCAGAAUGAAAACUGCAAUGCACUGUAAUGCAUCUGCAGUAAUUCUAACUUUCUUGCUUUAAACUAAUAUGUAGAUGCUUUCUGUAAAGAGUAACCUUCAAACUAUAAUGAACAUUCUUAUUCCUCAAGUUCUCUGAACCUUCAAUAAACUAGGUAUUUCUGAAUAUAGUUCGAAAUUCAAUAGUUUAGUACUUAUGUCAAACAUUUAUCAUACUAGUUAUUUCCUUUUUCAUCAAAUUCUUACAAUAAUCUAGUGAACAAACAGCAAAUAAUUUGAUAUUUGGCACAUCUUUUCAAACACAACUCUGAAGAACGCAACUUAAUAACAUAAAGAAGCUAUUCAGACAUAUCAGUCUAUUUCAAUCCACACAAUGGGCAAUAUUAUAAUCUUUAUUUUAAUUAAUAACAGCAUUACAUGUAUAAGAGACAGUGUCAACCCAUGUAAAAGAUAAUCUCAAAUAAUGACUAGAUUUAAGGACUUCAAUGAAACAAAUUAUUUUCUAUGACACAUAUAUGUACUUUAACAUCAUUUCUAAUUUAGUUUAUAUUCUCACUAAAACCAUUAUGUAGAGAUAAAAAUCAGGUUCUAAUAAACAACCUGUGAAGCUACAAUUACAAUGAAAAUGUAAGAAGAAAACACAGUAAUUUCUUAAGAUACUUUUCUAACAUUCAGUUUGCUCUGACCUAGAAUAUGCACAUAUCGUGGGGAAGUUUUUUCUACUUGGACACCAAAAACUAACAUUGCAACUAUGAAAUACAUGAAAAGUCAUGAAAGAAGUAAGGUAAUGAAAAGUACGGCAAGAAUAUGCAUCAAGUGGUAAGAAGAACUGGAUAACUGGAAAGAGCAUCAUCAAAUUUGAUAAAAUGCUUAUCACAUUCAAUAUUAUUUCAGAAUUUUCUUUAAUGUUUAAAAUCAACACUUACGUUCAUUUUGACAUAGAAAAUCACAUGGUCUUUACAGAGGGCAAACGCUCAUAAUAGUAUUUUACAAUACUUAUUACAAGUGCUUUAGGAUGUGUAAGACAGAAAUAUUCUGCAAGUUUACAAUCUCUGUAUACCACAAAGAGAACAUUCAGAUGCCAAUCCAGUGAUCUAAACUUAAGUCUAAAUUCUCUCAGCCUGUACCACAACACACUCCUCACGUGUCUUCUCACCAGGUGCCCAACAUGAUCGCUUACAGCAGAAGACCAACACUGUGCCAAAUUCCAGAUGAGUCCCUCCAUGUACCCCCUGAAGCUGCAGCCGAGAUACUAAAGUUGGUAUAAUCUGCAGCUCGAAAACCAUUUCACCUCGGCAAUGUUGACACCUUGUUGGUACAUUUGGUUCUGGAUACAGUAGCAAAGGACCACCACCAUCCCGGCAAUACCGCAAUAUCUGCCCAGCGCACUGUUGAAUUUUACUAACAAAGUGAUGAAACAUUUUGUCACCAUGAGCUGGAACACUUUUUUCAUAUUUCUCAGCCAUUAGUUGGUCUCCUGGCUCUUUUUCAUGUUCAGGACUGUGAUGUGGGCUUCCAUCAUCGUUACUAUUCUGUUGGUACUCUUGUAACAAAUCUCUCACAUGCUCUGAAAGAGGAGUAACAGUUGCUGAAGCACCAGCUAUCUCCUCUUCUCCAACACUGAUAAAUGAUGAUGAAAACUGGGGAGAGCCACCAUUGCAAAUUCCACUUAUUUCAGAGGGCAUAGGGGCCACUUCUUGAAGAAGAGCAAUAAGAUUAUGUUGAGGAGCAGUAGGAGUGUCAAUGCUUACAAUCUCACUUUCUUCACCUUCUAUUUCUGCUGUGGCAGAAGGUGAAUGCAAUCGUCCCACUGCUCCCCCUUCUUGGGCUCCUGCAACUCCCCGGCCGCCACCACCACCUCCACCACCCUCAUCCCAAUUGGCAUUGCACUCAUUCACAUUAAGUUGGCCCAGUUGCACUCUUAUGUCAUCUUCAUAACUUUCUGUUUCUUCUUCAUCAUCAUCUUCAGAUAGUCUUUCUGAACUUGUUUCAUGAGCCUUUAUAAUAUUGCCAUUUUCUUCAUUAUUGUUUACAUUAUUGUCAUCAUCCCAGUCAUCAGCAUCACAGCACCAGUCUGUUGCAGAUAAAGUAUUAACAGUUCCUGAAGAAUCUUCAUGGUCACUCUUAGCCUCUAAUGUUUGGCUGCGAAUGCAUGUCCAACUAUCAUUCUGAUUCCAGCAAUUGGGAUUGACACAACCAAACAAAUACAAUGUUCUGUGAUGAGGAUUAUUUUCUAAGGGGGCAUAAAUCUGAACGACAAGGGGCAGAGACAAUCCACACAAUUUACAGAUGGGAGCUGAAAUUCCAUCGGCUGGCCAAUCCUGUUUGCCUCCUAUCUUGUUUGUGGUAAAAUUCACUAGGGACUUAUGUUUUUCAGUUAUGCACUCGUCUUCAAAACCUAAAAGCACCUUCACGCCUUUUCGAGCCAUGAGUUUUAACAAAUCAACAGGGCACGUACAGAAAAAAAUCAAUUACUCAACCACUUCCACACUUAAUUAAAUCGUGAGCAGCACUGCAGGUGUUUCACGACGCCGUCUGUCCAAGCAACAAAUUUCACAAAUCUAUGUCACCAAGACUAUAACUAGACAAUUUUGUCUACUGAAACAUUAGUUACUCUUUCCCACUAUACCACACUAUAUCUUACACGCCCUACCACCGUCAAACACUAUCAAUCUCUCAAAUCAACCCCGUACCAAUUCUACCUCAAUCAUUCAAGAGAUGCUGAGGGAAAUGCGACCUUGCACCCCCUGUCGCGAGGCAUUUGACACUCGGCACCUUUUUUUAUUUGUGGGAAUUACAUUAUUACCUGAAAAUGAACGUAUAACGUCAGUGCAAAAAAUAAUUACAUUAUUACUCAGAAUUUCCAGCGGUAAUAUAUUCAAUAAGUAUUUUUUUUUUUUCAUACAAAUAGAAGUUUAAAUAUAGGUCACCAGGAACUGGGACAAAGUAAUACCAACUGUUGGCCGAAAGGAAAACCAAACCGACGUUUGGAGGUGAGGUUGCACCAUGAGGCGCCAGUGCCUGGCCAGUGCUGCCAGAGUGCUGCGCUGUGCAAAAACGUCUAUGGAGGCAAUUCGAAGUAGGUUAUGUUGCAUUCGAUAGUUCUUGAUUCAGAGUAACAUGAAUGUUGGUAUUUAUUCGUACAAACCCGUUGCCUUUCUAAGUUUAAAAACAACAUGCAUUGCAACAGUGCAUUUGCUUUGCUUAAACCAGUUUGUGAUGAAGUUGUCAAACAUCCAACCAAAAAGUGUCUUCAAGAUUUGACAGAAACAUUUGGUCAAAUUCCCAUUAAGACACUUCUGCAACUCCAAGAUUAUGUAUUGUAUCCAUUGGAGCUCAAUCUUCAACGUCCUUAUGUCAGUUCUGAAACUAGAAGACACAUUGUUGAUUGCAUCAAACAACUCAUAUUGUGUACUGAAGUAAAUAGCUUGAAAAAGUAUCUAAAUUUGUACACAUUGCUAUUUAUUCAGUUAUUUGAUAAAGAUUCUUCAUCUAUGGUUGCAAAUGUUUCUGAAGAAUUAAAGCUUAGUGUUAUUCAGUGUGUCACAAAAAUAACUCAGAAAUGCACUGAUGAUGUAAUUAGACAAAUUUACAACAAGAAUAAUGUACCAAGAAUAAGCCAGGGAAUUUUUGUUUGUGUACAUAUCAUGCAAAAUGAAAAACUGAGACCAUUAAGAAUUGCAGCAAUAGAAUUUAUAAUGGCAAUUACCCAAAUUGACGACCAGGAAAGAUACAUUGAAGUAUGGAGGCCUUCCAUAGCAGAUAUGAUUAUGUUUAUUGUACCAGGUGUAUUAACUGGAUUGCAUAAAGUUGUCAUUGGUGAUGAAAAGCAAGGUCAUUUAGUCACCAAGACAGCUUUACGAGCAUGGAGCAGAAUUUUGGUAUUAGUUUUGGAAGACAUAAUUAUUGCAAAAACUAAAACAAAAAUGCAUUUUUCUGCAAAAGUAACUGUAAUAUCUGAUGCUAAAACAAAAAGUGAAGAAAACCAAUCUGAAAAUGAAAAAGAAACAGAGACAAUAAUAAAAACAAUACAAAGUCAACAGCGAACAUUAGAGUGGGCCAAAGGGGUGGCAGAAAAUGUUCUUAAAAUGUCUGAAUCUCUGAGACCAUUACAGAAUCACAGUCAUUGGAAAGUGAGACAUGAGUUAGCAGAAUCCUGUUAUUCUAUUUUAGAUAAAUGUCAGCAACAUCUCAAAGAUACAUCUGUUAUUUUUGUGGAAAUACUUCUCAAAUUAUCAGAUGAUGAUGUAGAUCAAGUGGCCUCAACUAGUCAAGCAGCUAUCAAAAGUCUUACUCAAAAACUUGAAGAAGAAGAUGGGAUAUCGUUUUAUGAAAUCUUGGAGGAAAAUUUUUAUGGUUUGGUGACCAAAUUACCUCGGAUUAUACACUUGUAUUUUUUGACAUUAGCUGACAGUGAGAAAUUGGCAGUUUUACGGCUGCUGAAGCAAUACUUAACACUAAUUGGCUCAGGAAGACUUCCUCAGUUGCUGCAAAAAACUUCACAUUUAGAACGUACAGUACUGGCUCUUCUGCAGACGGCUGAACUGCAGUCCAGUAAUAUGUCUCUUCUGAGUGAUUGUAGCCUUCGAGAUCUUGAACUCAACCAAGAUGCAAUUUUUCAUACACCAUGGAAACAAUUUAAGCAUUUUGCUGAUCAAUCUAUUAUUGAGAAAUUAGAAGUAGUUCUCAUGUUGUUGGGACAAAAUGGAGAUCUAGAGAUAUUAUGUAACCACUUACUGGAAUUGCUGAGUACUGGAAGAGAACAUCGGAAUGAAAUUGUGUUUGUUCUUAAUAAAAUCAUGUUGGGUGGAUUACAUACAGAAGAAAACAUUCAUAUAGUGAAAAAUACCCUUGACACAUAUUUGUCUCCUCAGUUAUGGUAUGUUCCCUUGACGGUAUCAGUUACAAGAACCGAGACUGUUACAACAUCUGAAGUUUUAAACAUCAGUCAAGUCCGCAGUAAUUUACAACUAGUAUGCUUAUUGGCAGAAGGGAUAGGUUACAUGGCAACAGCUCUGGAGACGCGAUUUAGUCGCUUCUUGAUGCAUUGCCUGUAUCUCAUUGUGGAACGUGCUGGAAGCCCCCAUGAAGCCCUCGCUGCAGCAGGUUUGAAAGCUGCUGCUGCAAUAGCGAAAGCUGUACGUCAAGGAAAUGAUAUCACAAGCCUACUCUCUGCAAAUAUGGACUACUUUAUGGUGCAGGUAUCUCUCCGAUUGCGAAACAUGCGUAGAGAUCCAGGUGUUCUUAGCGUUCUUAGUAUUGCCAUGCGCCACAGCAUUCAGGAGAUGCUUCCUUAUUUGCAGAAUGCUGUUACUGAAGUUUUGUUGCAGUGUUGUGAUACUUUCCAAAUGCAACACACAUCUUCAUUUCUUCAUGUAUUUUACACUUUUUUCCUCUGCAUCAAAAAAUGGUUUCCUAGUAAGAAUGAUAAAAGAGGAACUAGUUGCAAAGGAACAAUUGAUAUUCCUUCUGUUAUUAGUGAAUUUGUAGAGUAUAUUGAGAAUAGCCAGCGAUGCAAAAUCCAUUUCAAAAAUUUAAAGUUUAAUGAAGGAUACACAGAGCAAACCAAGGAAAUGUCCGAACCUAUUGAAUCCAAUUAUUUGGGAGAAGAAACUCCUGAAAAACUAGAGGUUCCCAGUCAUAUUAAGAUGACUGUUUCGGUAGUACAACGGUGUUUGCAUUUGCUUCCAAGAAAAGAUAAACAGUGUCGACUUCAGGCUUUGGAGACCCUUACUGAAGGUUUAGAAGUUUUGGCAGAUUAUGAGAAUGAAUUACUUCCUAUGGUUCAUCAAGUUUGGUCCCCAUUAAUAGGGCGCUUGCAGGAUGCUAGUGAUCCUCUUGUACUCAAUCGUAGUUUUAUACUCCUGACUACACUUGCUCGUCUGGCAGAAGAUUUCAUAAGAGCACGCACAUUAAAACAGGUGUGGCCAGCACUUUGCAAUUUUUUGUUUGACUCUGCUGAGAAAAGUAAGAACAAGAGUUCGGGAUCUGCUUUCCAGUAUUCACAAUUAUUCAAAUUGCAGUUAUGCUUGCUUCAAGGGUUAGGAGAUCUGGCUUUACAUUUGCAAUUGCAGGAAAAGGAAGUUUUUCAGAUGUUGAAUGCUGCUGCUCCAUAUCUAAGUACACGGCAACCCAAACCCUUGCAGGAAAGCUGUUUAAAGUUAUUUCACACAGUAACUGCUUAUGACAGUGAUGCAGUAUGGUUGGAAAUAAUGAAAAUUGAUAAACAGAUGACACCUAUGUUUAAAGACAACAGAGAAUAUAAGAAGAAUGUUGUGUCAGUUAUGGAAAUGUUGACCUUUUCUAAGAUAAUAAUUGUUUAAAACACUUGAGUUUUAACACAAGCUGUUUCUUGAAAAGAAAGUUACAGAAACAACGUUAUAAAGUGGUACCUUACCUGGACUGAGAUGUAUCCAAAUAUGCACAAAAAUGUAAAUACAAGGCCAGUUAGGAGAUGAACACAUAAUGUGAAUAAGAGUUUAAAUUUCUGUAAACUGAAUAAUUAUGUGGACCUGAAUACAUGGAUAUUCCAGAAUCUGUAAUGCUAUUUAUAUAAUUGUUAAAUAUUGUGGCAUUUAUACCUGAAAUUAUGCUAUCAUGUUUUAUAUAAAAAGUAAAGAAGUUAUAGUAGCAUAAGCAGCGAUUGAGUCAAUUUUCUUUAUUGAAAUCUGAACAGUCUCC